AUGGCCGACUUUUGGCUUGCAAAAGACAUUUACCAACCGAGCUGUGAGGUACCAUCUGUGGUGCCCACCAAAGUACCGCCACCUCCACCAACCUUAACUCCAUGCAAUCCGGACACAAUGUGCAACCUGCUUACAAGCAGCAUCUUUGCAGAGUGCCACCCAGUUGUUUCCCCUGAGAAUUUCUACCGAGGUUGUGUUUUUGAUAGCUGUCAUGUURCAAACCCAGCAGUGGAGUGCACAAGUUUGCAGACUUAUGCUGCUGCCUGUGCCCAGGCUGGGGUUUGCCUUCACUGGAGGAACCACACCGAACUGUGUGCAAGUGACUGCCCAUCAGACAAAGUUUACAAGCCAUGUGGUCCUGCAGAACAGCCCACCUGUGAAGACAAUCCUAAUGAAGUAAUGAUGAACUUCACUACCGAGGGCUGCUUUUGUCCAGAUGGAAUGAAACUCUUCAACAAAGAGUCUGGCGUGUGUGUUGAUAAGUGUGGAUGUCUUGAUCCUGAGGGUAUUCCUCGUGAGUUCAAUGAGCAGUUUGAGUACAAAUGCCAAAACUGCAUCUGCGAGGAGUCCACUAAGACCGUGACCUGUAAACCCAAAGUUUGCCCAYAACCARCUMRAGCAAACUGUACUGGUCCAGGUUUCGUCCUUGUCAACCAAACYAAUCCGUCCGACAGCUGCUGUUAUAACUUUGUUUGCCAAUGUCAAAGCAGCACUUGCCCAGUUAAUUACAUGAAGUGUCCAGUUGGAUAUUUGCCAGUCGRCAGUGUCCCUGAMGGGAAAUGCUGUUUAGAACAUAAAUGUGAGCCUAAAAGAGUUUGUGUCCACAAAGAGACUGAGUACCAGCCUGGUUCUACAGUUCCCGUUCAGAUUUGUCAAGACUGUACCUGUAGUAAUACCGUGGACCCUGGUACUGGUCUUUUCAAAGUAAURUGUSYGKRUCYGCAAUGUCAAGAAAACUGUGACYCGGGAUAUGAAUAUGUGAAAACGGAUCCAGCAAAAUGUUGUGGAAAGUGUGUACAGACACAUUGUAUCCUCAGUCUGAACGAUACCAGGCACCUGUUGAUGGAUACAAUUCAGACUGCAGCCAAUGGCUGUUGUAAAAUUUGUGAGGAGAGGGAGAAAGCCUGCAAGUUAGUAUCCAUGAAAAUCCAGGUUUUGCACAACGGCUGUCAGUCUUCUGAGAAGAUAGAUAUGCCGUACUGUGAAGGAUCCUGCAAUACUUUCACCAAGUACUCCCAGGUGGCAGCUGCUCUGCAGCACUCCUGCUCCUGCUGUAAGGAGACUCGUGCCAGCAGACGCACUGUGGACUUGAAGUGCAUGGAUGGACACGUGGUUCCCUACACAUACACAUAUGUGGAGCAUUGUGGCUGUGGCCACACUGACUGCACUAGUCCUCCUGGAAAAUCUGCACGCAGGAGGCGAAGCUUCCCAUUUGUGUAGUAAAAAAUCAUCACUUUAACAGAUGUGGGAUGUAAAGAUUACUCCCAUAUAGUUCUACCAAUCAUUACACRUCUUACAAAACAAUUGUCAUUGUCAUGCAAGUGUUUAUCAAUUAAAAGGUU